AUGCAGGUGACCCUAGAAUCGUAUGCCGAGACGCGCGACAGUUCCACUGCAGGCGACCCUGGCCCUGCUGUCAAGAAGAAGAAGUCGCGUCGCGCACCCGAUCCCUCCAAUCAGAAGCGAAAAUGCAUCAGCACCGCCUGCAUAGCCUGUCGGAAGCGCAAGUCCAAGUGCGAUGGCGCCGUCCCAAGCUGCGCAGCUUGCGCCAGUGUCUAUGGCACCGAGUGCAUCUACGACCCCAACUCCGAUCAUCGUCGGAAAGGCGUUUACCGCGAAAAGACGGACGGCAUGAAGGCUGACGAUGCGACACUCAAAAUCCUUGUCGAGGCCAUACUUAAUGCUAGCGAAGACGACGUCGACGACAUAGUGCGCAGGAUCCGUAACUGCGAUAGCCUUGACGACUUGGCCCAACAAAUAAUCAAGGAUGGAUCCGACUUUGACGGCCCCAGUGCAGAGCAAAGCGGCGACGAACAGCAGUGGCCCGGCCAGGUGGAUGGAGAGCGAGAGCUUGCUGGUAAAAUGGGCGAACUGCGCGUCGAGAACGGCACAAUACGUUUCAUCGGCGGCACCUCUCAUCUCAUCUACCUCGGCGGUGCUGCCUCUGGCCAUGAGGCUGAAGCCCAUUCGGACAAUUUUCUCCCCUCCAUGGACCCCAUUACCAGUUGGACCGACGUGACGAGCGAUGUCGUCCUCAUCACGCACCUUCUCAACUUGUACUUUACCUAUCACUACCCUUACUUCACCACUCUUCCACGCCAUUUAUUCUGGCGCGACUUUGCCAAAGGCCGGGGCGCCGUCGGUCAAAGCUCCUCCCACUGCUCUUCGCUGCUCGUGAAUGCGAUGCUUGCUUUGGGUUGUCACUUUACUGACGUUCCCGGAGCAUUUGGCGAUAGUAGUGACACCAGAACAAAAGGUGAUCACUUUUUUGCGGAAGCCAAGCGUCUCAUCAUGGAGGGCGACGAGUUUGAGCGACCGCGCCUUGUCACUGUUCAAGCACUGGCUCUCAUGUCUGUGCGUGAGGCAGGCUGUGCGCGUGAAGCCACAGGCUGGGUUUACAGCGGCAUGAGCUUUAGAAUGGCUCAGGAUAUUGGCCUCAAUCUCGAGGUUAGCUCCAAUGACAAAAAGGUCAUGACUGACGAAGAGAUUGAUGCCCGUCGCAUCACCUUUUGGGGCUGCUUCAACUUUGACAAGUGUUGGUCCAAUUAUCUGGGCCGUCUGCCGCAACUGCCCAAGUCGACGUUUACCGUAGCCAAAUUCGACGUGUUUCCCGACGAGGAUUCCUCACCAUGGAUACCACUCACCGACAAGGGCUUCGAUGAAACGGCAAAGCAGCCGUCAAGGACCCGUGCUGCCGCGCUCCAUCUUUCAAGCCUCUGCGAGAUCAGCAGUGACCUUUUGCUGUUUUUUUACCACCCGAACCACAUUCACCGGUCGACGGGCAAGACUGUUGAACUGAAGAAGCUGAGUGAGCUCCAUAAGCGACUAGAAGAGUGGCGCAAGCACCUGCCGCGGGAGUUUGAGGCCGGUGACGGACAGCUUCCCAACGUAAUCCUUAUGCACAUGUUUUUUCAUCUGCAAUUCAUUCACCUUUUUAGACCAUUCCUCAAGUACUCCCCCAAAUCUUCGCCGCUGCCGUCGCACAUAUCCCCUAGAAGAAUCUGUACGUCAAACGCCGGAGCCAUCUCCAAGUUGAUGCGUCUCUACAAGAAGAAUUGGAAUUUGCGCCAAAUAUGCAAUAUUGCCGUAUACAUGACGCACAGCGCCUGCACGAUUCACUUGCUCAACCUCCCUGAGAAGACUGCAAAGCGGGACUUUACUCAUGGGGUCAAGCACCUUGAAGAAAUUUCUGAGGACUGGCCGUGUGCGCGACGGACUUUGAGCAUUUUGAGCGUGCUGGCCAGGAAGUGGAACUGCGCUCUACCAGAAGACGCGGCACAGAUCCUGCAGCGAACCGACGAGCUAUACGGUCACUACAGCACCUCUGAGGUCCCGUCACCCAGGUCGAGCACCGGGCUGUCGCCACACGCUUUUGCGGAAGAAAGUGCAGCUGCACAGUCGCAUAUGUCGCAGUCACACUUCACUCAGCAUCCUAGCCCCAGCAGAGUGCAGUUCACUCAGUCUGGCAUGGCACAAGCUGUCGGACCACAAGCCUCUAUCAGCGCAAGACUGGAUAUGAACAACGGUCCCGUGUCGCCUCAACAACGGCACAACCAACCCCAACAAGAUGUGGGAGUCAAAACACAGCAUGUCACGUACGCGCCGGGGACGUUGGACAGUUGGGAUGCGCCCAUCAUGGCAACCUCUCCCACGGCGGGCAUGUACCCGAACACCUCCACUGCCGGUCUGAGCUCGAAUCCGGAAGAGAUUCGGCAUUUUGCCGGAUCCCGCAUGGCAUCUAGUGGAGUGCUGACCGGACAAGGCGCUGGCCUGAACAAUAACCAGUGGAUACUGAGCGACAGUGCCAAGUGGCAGCACAACUUUGAUGGUUGGGAUCUGGGCCAGCCGCUUUCCGGCGCCAUGCAGUUUGCGUUCCCGUCGCAGGGCUCCCUCCCACUGAGUGCAAACCAUGCGCAGCAGGCUGCUGCUGCGGCGGCGGCGGCGGCUGCCAACAUGCAAGCCAUGGGUCAUCCGCCGUCCAGUCUAGAGGCGUUUGAUGCAUCAAUGCAUGAUACCACAUGGCUGCCGAACCUCGAAUAA